ACAUCAUCAUCUGGUAAAAUCACGUACUGCACAAAUGAUGAUCUCCAGCAGAUCCGUCUUCCAUAUUUCAUACAAAUGACCUAUACUCAUCUAACUGCUUUUCAAAUUUGAAAAUUAAUUACUACUAUUACUAUUGAAGUUCAUACUACACACAAUAAUAUACAACUAUGUAUACGUUUGUCAGAAUUUAAUCCCAUCUGACAAAUUUCAGCUCUAUAAUUCAUUGUGUUGUUCUUCAUCGUUUCGUCCUCCCACUACUAGUCCCACUGCCUGUGUCAUGAAGAUGUUGAAUUUCGUCACCACUACUGUGCCAUUUAUUUAAGGUUAAGUUUCAGACCCAAUUCAACAGCCGUCUCAUGACUUCAUGCGUUGUUAUUAGUUCUGUCGCAUCAUUGCCAAGACCGUCAAUAGAGUUGUCGUCACCAAUCCUUAUUACCAGGCCGUCUACUCCGAUGUAUCAUGGCCAGCCUAGUUGAUCAAGUGUAUCGAAGUUUUGUAAUCUCCAAAUUUUUCUCACGAGGAUGGGGAAGUCCGGAACAAUUAAAGAGAUUAUUCGAUUUUCGGAAAAAUAUAGCAAAUCGAGACACUUGCAUGAAACUAGUUGACCCCAACCACAGGAUAAUUAUAGACAAGGUACAGUUGGAUGAGUCUGGGGAAUGCAAACUGAUAGACGGGCAUUUUCGCAGUCCUUUCAGUGACCACUUACCCGGCCUUCUUCCCCCUUGUGCAGAAGACGCGUAUUUCCAGCUGGUUGUCCCUGCAGAUGGCUGGAAGUCAGGUCAGGAUCGACCACUAUGCGUCCAAAUGGCUGGCACAGGUGAUCAUCAUUUUUGGAGAAGACGGAACUUGAUAGCAAGGCCUCUGCUUAAGGACCAUGGAAUUUCUUCUCUCAUCUUGGAAAAUCCAUUUUAUGGCGUGAGGAAACCUCCUGAACAAUUUCGCUCUAGUCUUCUCAACGUGUCAGAUAUAUUUGUCAUGGGUGGUUCCCUUAUAUUGGAAGGCAUUGCCAUACUAAAUUGGUGCGAGAGGGAAGGGUUUGGACCUAACGUGAUGCAUGGAAUAUCUAUGGGGGGGCAUAUGGCCAGUCUGGCAGCUGUCACUUACAAUAAACCUGUAUGUUUGGUCCCGUGCCUCUCUUGGUCCACUGCUUCUGGUGUAUUUACCCAAGGAGUAAUGAGUGGAGCAAUUGAUUGGAAGUCACUUGAAACACAAUUCUUCUCCAACAGUUUUUUCAAAGAUGAGCUGUACAAAAUUGUUUGGAGUAAUAGUGAUGAAGCGUACCUGGCCGGGAAAGAGUUUGUGAGCCAAUUUGACCCCAAAUCAAGCAAUUCUGAUAAUCAAGCAUUUUCAUCUCUGACGAUGGGACAAUCUGCUCGGGACCAAGAGAAAAACCUAUUCUAUACACUUACAAAGUUCUUAAAAGAACGAGGACUGUUGAAAAUUUUACCAGACUUAAGUACAAUGACUACCAGUAGAACUUCCGAAGUUAUGACUGAAACCACCACUGUCUCAGGUCGAGAGCACAAGAUUAUAGACUUUAGCAGCAUGAUUACUGGGAACAGCAAGGCCAAGGUGCAGAAAGAAGCAAUCCAAUUCAUGCGAGGGGUCAUGGAUGAAUUCACGCAUCUUAAAAAUUUUUCAAAGCCCGUUGAUCCUUCGUUAAUUAUUGUUAUUGCUGCGAGGGAUGAUGCGUACGUACCUCGUGAUGGAUAUCAACCACUGGACCACAUAUGGCCUGGGUGUCACGUUCGUUUCCUUGAUGGUGGUCAUGUCUCUGCUUAUGUCUUACACCAAAAAUUGUUUAAGCAAACAAUUGCAGAAUCAGUGGCCAGAUAUAGGGAAAAGUACAAUACAGACGGUACGCUCAAGGCUGGAUCCGUGAAAUCAGUCAAUUUCCCUUCCGAAACUGAUAAAAAGGUCAUUGAAGUUCUUGGAUUUCAAAAUGCAAAAUCCGUAAACGAUUCGUCUCAGCGUAUGUGACAAUGAUUGAGGCAGCUUUAAUUUAAAAAUUCUAAAAUCAUCUUUAGGGCUAAUUUCUCAAGUUAUUAAACAACUGUCCCUUAACUGACAUUAAACUUGUAACGCUAUUUUCCAAUUCAUACUUUUGCAAAUUAAUCGGUCUUUCAUAAGUAAGCUGGUGCUUAUUCACAGAUUGAGAUUGUAUAACACUUUAUCUAUUAUAAUGCUUUUCCUUAAUGACUUGACUUUUAGUUUUUUAGCGCAAAAGUUGUAGUUAGCAUAAAACUACUACCAAAUAUUACAUCUUACUUAUACCGGUAUUACCAAAUAGAGAGAUUAAUAUAUAUGAUAUAUUUAAACAGCUAAAUGUUCGGAGAUUAGUAUGACCAAAAAUAUAUAUGUAAAAGUGUCAAAUUAAUUUUGGAAAUAAAAUUUAUACAUACAUAAUGAAAA